AUGAAACCUCCUCCUUCCUUCUCCUUCACAACAACACGCAAACCCCAUCAACGUUUAACAUAUAUAAGUUCCAGCAGUACCACGAACCAGAACCAGGUCCACUUCCGACAUGAUGCCGGGCAAACAAAGAAGAUGACAAGGAGCACGACUUAUGGAGAGGAUAUAGACGAGGUCAAGCAUCAGGAAGUUACUCGACGCGAGGAGUGCGGGGGACAUGUAACUGCCGGAUACGAGCAUGCAUGGGAAACGGGAAAGGGUUCUGCUGCUGCUGUUGUUGCUGCUGAUGCUAUUACUACUGCCGAAAACUGUUGA